UUUUUUUUUUUUCACAAAUAUUAGAUACGUACCAAUUCUACUUCUUAGUUGAAGCUUCCUAAUAUAGUUCAUAGGAAGGUCACCAUGAAGCUACCUCAUUAAAUAAAGGCUAUGGUGAUUAUAUUAUGUGUACCACGAUCCUUUCUUUUCAUAUCGAUGGUACCAAAAUGACAGAUAAAAAUCCAAGACCAGCAUCUUCACCUGACAGUGAUUUCACCAACCAGUGGCCUGAUCUGGAGCUCUCUGAGUACUUGAAGUUCGAUGAUGAUCAAUGGGCAGAUGAUGGUCCAGAGUCAUUUGUUUCUGAGCAUGUCCUGAACCAGGAUAAUCAAGCCAAUGAAGCAGGUGAAUUUGGAGGAAGUAGCAGCCAUUUUGAGGAGUCUUCUAGCAGAGACAUUAGCAGUGAACCUGAGAAGAAGGAAGUUAAAGAUAAAGUGGCAUUCAGAACAAAGUCAGAGGUUGAAAUACUGGACGAUGGGUUCAAGUGGAGGAAGUACGGAAAGAAGAUGGUGAAAAACAGCCCCAAUCCAAGGUGUUCAGUGGAUGGAUGCCCUGUUAAAAAAAGAGUUGAGAGAGAUAGGGAUGAUCCAAGGUAUGUAAUAACAACCUACGAAGGCAACCAUACUCACCCAAGUCCAUGCUAAGUCGAAAAUUAAGAACUUUUGGCAGUUUCGUGGGCCAUAGCUAGCCACCUCUAGUUCUUAUUCUCACUGCUUGUGCUCUUGCCAAGUGUUAUAUGAGGUAUUCCACAAUAUCAUAGUUAGCAAAUUCUCAUGUAAAAAUGAACUUUUAAGGGCUAUGAAGAUCAAAUAGAGGAAACUCUCUUCUUUUCUCUCCAGAAUAAAGGUUUUGGUAGGUACCAUGUUUCUAAAAAUAUAGAAUAUUAGAUCUAGCGUUAUCACUAAUGACUAUAAAUGACAUUUCAUGAAGGUGAUUAUAGGGGUAGACACAACUGUGAGGAGGAUAUAUACAAAAAAGGAAAAUCAAUCAGAUAUCCGAAUUUUAUUCUCCUAAGGUUUAUUCUGUAAGCUUUUUGUGAUUAUAGGCCACUCUACCCCUAAGGUUUAUUCUGUAAGCAUUUUAUUCUGGUCUUUAUUCAGUGAGCAUAUUUUGUAUUCGAAUUAGCAUGUGAAUUACAAGCAGCAACA